GGCCGCCUCCUUCCUGCUGCCGGCGCGGGGGCGGGCGGCGCUGGCGCGGCGGGGCCGGCGGAUCGCGGGCCCGGUCGGCUCCUCCCGGCUCUUCUCCUUCCCAUGGCCGGCAACUUCUGGCAGAGCUCGCACUAUUUACAAUGGAUUUUGGAUAAACAAGAUCUGUUGAAGGAGCGCCAGAAAGACUUGAAAUUUCUGACCGAGGAGGAAUACUGGAAGCUACAGAUAUUUUUUACUAAUGUUAUCCAGGCUUUAGGUGAACAUCUUAAAUUAAGACAACAAGUUAUUGCCACUGCUACAGUCUACUUCAAGAGAUUCUAUGCCAGAUAUUCCCUAAAAAGUAUAGAUCCAGUAUUAAUGGCUCCUACGUGUGUGUUUUUGGCAUCCAAAGUAGAGGAAUUUGGUGUUGUUUCAAAUACAAGGUUGAUUUCUGCUGCUACUUCUGUAUUGAAAACUAGGUUUUCGUAUGCCUUUCCAAAGGAGUUCCCUUAUAGGAUGAACCAUAUACUAGAAUGUGAAUUCUAUCUCUUAGAAUUAAUGGACUGCUGUUUGAUAGUAUAUCAUCCUUAUAGACCUUUGCUUCAAUAUGUGCAAGAUAUGGGCCAAGAAGACAUGCUGCUACCUCUUGCAUGGAGGAUAGUGAAUGACACAUAUAGAACUGAUCUUUGUCUGCUGUACCCUCCUUUCAUGAUAGCUCUAGCUUGCCUACACGUGGCCUGUGUUGUCCAGCAGAAGGAUGCAAGGCAGUGGUUUGCUGAGCUCUCUGUUGAUAUGGAAAAGAUUUUAGAAAUAAUCAGGGUUAUUCUGAAGCUGUAUGAGCAGUGGAAGAAUUUUGACGAGAGGAAAGAGAUGGCUACCAUUCUCAGUAAAAUGCCUAAACCAAAACCACCUCCAAACAGUGAAGGAGAACAGGGUCCAAAUGGUAGCCAGAACUCUAGUUAUAGCCAAUCUUAAGACAUUCCAAAGAAUUUCUUUAUGGACCACUCUGACUCAAGACAUCCUGGGAUCUUUCCUGUGUUCAUGAAGUGGACAGAAGGUUUUCAUACCAUCUUUGACAAAGAACUUGAAGAAUAAAUAGCUUGUUUGUAUCAAGCGUAUGGAAAGCUUUUUCUUUCAAACUGCAUCAUUUUCUCUGACGCUGGAGCCAAUGUACUAAGAUUUUUCAGUGUAAGGAAUCAAACAUUAAACCAAGUUGCAAAAGAUUAACACUAUCCACUCAAAACAAAUAGCUCAUUAUUGGUUUUUUGUUUGCUUGGAGAAAAUUGUAACUUGCCAUUGAAGUGAACUGUUUUUAAAGCAACAGUAACCUGAAGCCUAAGUGUAACUGUAUUAGUGUUGUCUUCAUUUUGGUUGUGACUGAAGGGAAAUUGUGCACUGUAUGUUCAGUCUAUUCAUUACCUUGAGUUCUGUUGAUUUUCUAAAAAUAAAUAAGGGUUCUGCAACAAGUAACACAGCAAUCCUUCAGAAACAAAGCCUAGAAGAGCCUGCAAAGAAUAUUCUUAGUUUUAAUGAAAGCUGCAGGAAAGAAAGUGAGUUCCUCUUUUGGAUUAGAAACAUGCUGUUUUACUCAGUAGAUGUACCUGGAUGUUUUUUCCAUGAAGCACAGUAGCCCAGCUUACCAGAGAAGUGCAAUAUAUGUAAUGAUUCUGCAGUUUUUUUCAGCAUUUCAAGUGUUAGGAAUUAAAACCACUCAACAUACUAUGAUUUUUUUCCAAGUAAAUGUACUGUUUAGUACAACCAGAAUAUUUCACAAUCAAAAUACAAAUCUGGAUAUUAUUGCUAUUUUUUAUGGUGAAUUUUAUUUGUACAAAAGAUAGACACUAUUAGUGUGGAUUUUUGUGGUUCAUCAGAGAGUUUAUGUAAGAGGAUCAAGCUUUUGGUGAGCUUCAUACUGGCUAAUUGUGAUGUUAGAAGCAACUCUGUAGAAUAACUGAAAUGGGAUUCCUUGGUGCUGGAGAAAAUGAGAUUCCUUCCAACAGAAGGGCCAUAUCCUCUGUUCCUUACUCAAGCAGAGAUCCCACUGAAGUCAGGAAUUGGCCUAAACUGAACUGCUUGUUUUUUAGAUUACUUUGUGCUAAUUAAGUCUGCACAGCCUCAUUUUGAAAGAUAAUGCCAACUUGCCCAAGAACAGAAAUUGAAUGAUAAAAUAAAUGACGGUAACAUGGUUCUUUUUUUUUUCCCCCCCCCAUGAAGAAACACAUUUCACUAGUCUGAAAUAUUAGAGGGAAAUUGUUGAAAACCCUUGCUCAGUGAUGUGUCUUGCUUAAAAAAACUGGUCCCUUAAAAAAAACCCCAACAUUUUUGCAAAUGCCCAUCUUUGUAAUUGGCUGGUCAUUCAGUGAAAUCCAACUGAAGUGUGUUUGUAUGUAGCCCAUUAGGCUACAAGCAUUUAAUUUCUGUUCAGGUUAUUUUUGUAAAACAUUAGGUAAACAAGCCCAAGCCACUUUGGUGAGACAGAAAGAUACAUUCUGGGUGUUUGCUACUUUUGUUGCCAUAUGAUCCUUACCUUUUAUGGCCACUUGAUUGAUGAAGUGGAAUUUGGCUAUUUGCCUUUGUUUCUUGAAGUCUAAAGUGUUCUCUUUGUAAUGUGGACUUGGGGAGUAGAAAUAAACUGGUGCAACUUGA